AUGCAACGCAAGACCGACGAAACCAUCAAAAGAAACUCGACCAGGUCGGUUAGCGCCAUGAUCGAGGUUGGUGUGGACGGUCUCAAGCAGAGGGUCGCGCAGAGUCUGUGCCAUCUUUUGCUUGAACGUUCGGGUGGAUUGGAGAACCUUGAGGUUGAGGUACCACAGUAUUCUGUGGCUGUCUCACCGGAGAUCGAGGCUGGUGCGGAUGCCCUCAAGGAAGAUCGCCUGGGCAGGCUCGGUGUCUUCUUUGCUUGA